UGCUAAUUUCCCUAGCAAAUAAGCCAGCAGCUGCUGGUCCAUGAACCAACUUGCCACUGAGAUCAGGGCGCGGUGUGCAUGGGACAGGAUGCUUUCAUGGAGCUCCUCAGCAGCAUGGUUGGGACCUUUCUUUGCAAAAUAUACCUUCUUCUUAUAGGUACUUGUUUGGGGCUGAAGGUAACCGUGCCAUCACACACCGUCCAUGGCAUCAGGGGACAGGCCCUCUACCUCCCUGUGCACUAUGGCUUCCACACUCCGGCAUCUGACAUCCAGAUCAUAUGGCUGUUUGAAAGAUCCCAUACGAUGCCCAAAUACUUGCUAGGCUCUGUAAAUAAAUCUGUGGUUCCUGACCUGGAAUAUCAGCACAAGUUCACCAUGAUGCCACCCAACGCAUCUCUGCUCAUCAACCCACUGCAGUUCGCCGAUGAGGGCAACUACAUUGUGAAGGUCAACAUCAAGGGAAACGGAACUCUGUCCUCAAGUCAGAAGAUACAAGUCACUGUUGACGAUCCUGUGACGAAGCCGGUGGCUCAGUACCAUCCUGCUUCUGGGGCUGUGGAGUACGUGGGCAACAUUACAUUGUCCUGCCACGUGGAAGGAGGUACCAGGCUAGUCUACCAGUGGAGAAAAAACGGGAAGCCGAUUUGCAUCAGCUCCAGCCACUCGCUUUCUCCCCAAAACGACACCCUUUGGAUUGUUCCAGUGACAAAGGAGGACACCGGGAACUACAGCUGCUUCGUCUCCAACCCUGUCAGUGAGAUGGAAAGUGAUAUUGUUGUGCCCACCAUUUACUAUGGACCUUAUGGACUUCAGGUUAAUUCUGAUAAAGGGCUAAAAGUGGGAGAAGUGUUCACUGUUGACCUGGGAGAGGCUGUCCUGUUUGACUGUUCCGCUGAUUCGUAUCCCCCCAACACCUACUCCUGGAUCCGACGAUCUGACAACACAACACACGUCAUCAAGCAUGGGCCUCGUCUGGAAGUUGCAUCUGAGAAAGUGGCCCAGAUGACAACUGACUAUGUGUGCUGUGCUUACAACAACAUAACGGGAAAACAAGAUGAAACUCGGUUUACCAUCAUCAUCACUUCCGUAGGACUGGAGAAGCUUGCACAAAAAGGAAAAUCGCUGUCCCCAUUAGCAAGUAUAACUGGAAUAUCACUGUUUUUGAUUAUAUCUAUGUGUCUUCUUUUUCUGUGGAAAAAAUAUCAACCUUACAAAGCUAUAAGACAGAAGCUAGAAGGCAGACCAGAGUCAGAAUACAGAAAAGCUCAAACGUUUUCAGGCCAUGAAGAUGCUCUGGGUGACUUCGGAAUAUACGAAUUUGUGACUUUUCCAGAUGCGUCUGGUGUUGCCAGGAUGCCAAGUAGGUCUGCCGCAGCCUCUGAUGGUGUAACAGGGCCAGAUCUUCACGGAACCAUCUAUGAAGUUAUUCAGCACAUCCCUGCGCAGCAAGACAAUGCAGAGUAA